AUGAACCAAAAUUCAACACUUACGAAGAAAACACUCUGUGAAAUUCUUCGCGACAAAACGUUAAAUCUUGCAACACAGCACACGUACUGUUUGGCAGUAAUAGAAGAAAUUCAUGGGAGAGAAUUAGCGGAAUCACAGAAACCAAUUUACACAGACCUUACAGAAACAUCAGGAUAUUGCAGAUGUCAGCUUUGUAGAUCUGGACCAAACGAGAUGAGUGACAUAAAUAAUCUUGAUAAUGGAAGAUUCGAAAAAACACACAGAAAAUUUGUUAAAGAACACUUGUAUUUCAACACUCAGCCACUUCAUACAUCAAUGAACGUACUCACGACUCUAUAUGAUUUGUCAUAUAAACAAUAUGUUCAAAAACACUGGCUGGAGAUAACUGAAGAGGAACAGAUUGUUUUAGAUGUUGAAAAGGCUAGAAUAAAGCAAGCAAUGUGGGAUGCAUUUAAUGUUCGUGUACUCGAACCAAGACAAGGGGGAGCUGGAUCAUCAGAUACAGGAAACGUUGCAAGAAAAGUUCUUGAAAAUCCAGAGCUUCUAGCUAAAACUCUAUAUCUUAAUGAAGAAAUAAUUAAACGUAUAUGCUAUGUGCUAAACCAAAUUCGAAGUUUAGAACCAGUUGAUGAUCUAGAUGAAUUUGAUAGGUACUGUAAAGAAACAUACAGAAUGUUUUUGACAACAUAUAGUUGGUUCAAAAUACCAGUAACACUUCACAGAGCACUUGCUCAUGCAAAACACUACAUGGAAGCCUUACCAUUACCUCUAGGAAGAAUGAGUGAAGAAGCCGGGGAGUCACAAAACAAAUAUCUCAGACAAGAUAGAGAACUACGUGCCAGAAAAACUUCAAGAAUACACAGUUUUACGGAUGUUAUACAUAGAAGACUCUACAGUUCUGAUCCAGUAAUAAUAAAAAAAUAUAUGGAUGUAAUAAAUAAAAGGUUAAUGAGAAAAAAUGUCCAAGAAGAAGGUGAAACACCUGAGCAACAAACAGAAAAUGAGGAAGAAGAUGAGGAAGAAAUUGAAUUGAUUGAGCCAGAAGGAGAAGGUUAUGACUUUUCCCAAGCAGAAAACUAUGAUUAUUCCGAAGGACAAGACCAUGAAUAUUCUGAAGAAGCAAACAACGAAUGA